AUCUUGCAAUGGUUUCACUACACUACAGUAAACAAUAAUACUGGACUCUACUAGAUCUAGACAUCUAGGUCUAUAGUUAAUCAUUAGAAUCUGUCUUGAAUCUAGAUAUCUAGUAUUAUACUACAGAUUCUAGAUCUAGUAUUGUAUACUUAUGAUGAUUUGAUAGAAUGACUUAAAAUGAUCAUAAAACUUACAAGGAAAUGUCACCAAUACCUUACAUUUUCACUUAAAGAUGUUAUAUUAUUGUUGAGUUUGAUGUUUAUUGUAGCAUCUGCCUCUGAUCAAGAUCAUGUUUCAGAUGCUAUUAGUACUCAAGACUUGUCAUCAAUUUCAUACCAGAUGUCAACAGUAACUAUCUCAAACAAUAAAACUGAUGAUUCAACUAGUCAAUUAGCUCCUAACUGUACUAUAAAUGUGGAAGAAAUCUGCCCAGACGGUGUCUCUUGCCAUCUAUUAGGGGGAGAGUGUAUAGACUGUGAUUUUAAUUUGUCUUGUGCAUAUGGUACAAAUCAGACCACAAAGUGCAGACCAAAGCCUAAUGUGAAUUGUUCAGGUGAGCAGGUGUUUGAAAAAAUCUAUGAAUGCCGCUAUUGUUAUCAGUUAUCUCCUCAAAAGACGUGGUGCAAUAGAUCUACAGAAUGUGCUCUGAACAAACCUCGUAAUUACUAUCCUGCCAGACCAUUUUAUACUAGCACAUGCUGGGCAAAGCAUGAUAACUUGUGCAUGGGCAGAAGAUGCUUCUAUAAACAAAUACCAUGCAAUUGGUCUCAGGGAUAUAAAUGGUCAACUGCCUUACUCCUUAGCAUUUUUCUUGGAGGUUUUGGAGUAGAUCGUUUUUACCUAGGCCUUUGGAGAGAAGGAAUAGGCAAACUGUUAAGUUUUGGAGGUCUAGGCGUGUGGACAUUAGUUGAUGUUAUUCUUAUUGCUGUUGGAUAUGUGGGACCAUGGGAUGGAUCACUUUAUAUUUAAUUUAUUAUUAAUUUGUUAUGUCCUACAUAAAUGUUGCAGAAUGUUCACAAAUUUAUUAAAUGUUCCCCUUUACCUCUUUAUAAAUAGUUUUUGAAUAUAAUGUUAUCAAUGACCUUCCUGUUACCUGUUACAGUGUAAAUCCCUAGCAAUGAUUUUCAAUCACUCUUAAUACUACAGAACCUGCAAGCAAAACAACUAUUUUUCACUUAUUUUUGUAGUCGUCCAAGCAGGUAUUUAAGAUACUAGUAUGAAGUUUUCUCAGUACAUUAUGCCUGUUUGAGCUAAAUACUAACUUGACUAUUCUGUUCUGAACUUCCUAGUUGUUGGCCUUUCAACAUUGAAUCAAUAACCUGAGAUAACAAUAAUUAACUACUAAAGACUAUCUUUAUUAAUCAGUCAUCUUUUUGAAUCAUUCAUAAAUAUGUUAUCUUGGUUUUAUAAAUCAUAUCAGAUAUCUUUUUGUUCUCUUAAAAUGCUGGAGGUUCUGCUAAUGAAUGUUAAAGCUUAAUGUUUUAGACCUAUCUGGUUUUGCUGCAUGGUCUUGCAGUAUGCGCGCUGGACUGCUGUUCAGUCGUCUUGCUGGUCCAGGGAUUCAUACCCUACCUGCUGCCUUUCUCUGUCGUCCUGCAUGAGGUUUGGACUAGGAAAAAGAUUAUCUUCAACUCUGAAGGAAUAUCUGAAACAUGUAAAAUAUUUUACAAAACACUUUUUAAAAACCGAAUCCUUUUAUAAUAUUUAGAAUUUUUUUUUACUCAAUGAAAAUAUCUUUUAAAAUGUUAGAUUUUAGAUUGCAAAAAUAAAAGCUAUGGUAAACAAAUAUUCUCUUUCCUCAAAACUGAAACAUUGAAAACAAAUGUGAAAAAUGAAAUUUAAGUGGCUAAAGUUGGUAUAAAAAAAAAACUUUUAGAAAUCAGUUUGCUUGUUUGCCUGUUUUGGAUAUUCCUUCAGAAUUGAAGAGUGUUACAUCUUGGUCCAAACAUCCCGCAGUAUAGCAGGGGAUGGAGGCUGGCAGAGUUCAAAACAACAGAUAAGUCCAGAUUGCAUACCACAUGACUAGGCAACCAGCCCUAUCAGAGUGUUGCCUUGUUGCUUCCAUUGAAAGACUCAUUUCGUAGAGCAUUAUUUUUUAAGCUUAAAAAAUCCUAUUCUUGGGAAACAUUUUUAAGAUCCCUAAUGGAAAUUUCUUGUGAUUACAAGGACUCUCUUUUUCAAUUAAAAACAUUUCACAAAAUGGAACAGUCACAACAUACAUUGCAGGUAAAAGGGGUGACUGCCUUGGCUUUAGAGUAGUCAGUCUUUUUUGUAUAAUUUUUCAAAGCUUGCCUUGUCAUUACUUCGCUGCACAUAGUCUAGGGCUUCACAUUCACAAGAAUCAACAUUUAUGUCCACUACUUGUACAUCCUUUUUCAUUAGAUCCACAUGAUGAAAGUGGAGGUGACAUGUUCUUCUUGUUCAUAGAGGAUGACUUCAAAGAUUUGUUUGUCCAACUUCUGGUGGACAAGGCAAAGCAGAUUUUCAGACCUUAAUUAUUAGACUAUUAACCAUAUGGUUGCAACAAUAAAAGAGAAGAAUGAAAAAUGAACUUGACAUAAUAAGAUUUUGAUCGCACCGUCUUAUAUUUCAAUUUUGACUGGGACACAAUUUGUUGGCCUUUAUAUUGAUGUUCUACUGGUAGUCAACCAUGAAUUAUUAUUAACAUGUCCAGACUGGUAUAACAAUGAGUCAUUUUUUUACUUGUAAUUCAUUCUCAUUAAAAUGGAAAUACAUUUUGUGUUCUCAACCCAU